AUGGAGGACGGUCGUGUCGUUGCCGGGAAGCCCAAGGUGGUGUUCGUGCUCGGCGCCACCGCCACCGGCAAGUCGAAGCUCGCCAUCGCCAUCGCCGAGCGCUUCAACGGCGAGGUCAUCAACGCCGACAAGAUCCAGGUCCACGACGGCGUGCCCAUCAUCACGAACAAGGUCACCGAGGAGGAGAAGGCCGGGGUGCCCCACCACCUCCUCGGCGUCGUCCACCCCGACGCCGACUUCACCGCGGAGGAGUUCCGGCGCGAGGCGGCGGCCGCCGUCGCCCGCGUGCUUUCGUCGGGCAGCCUCCCCGUCGUGGCCGGCGGGUCCAACACCUACAUCGAGGCGCUGGUGGAAGGCGACGGCGCCGCCUUCCGCUCGGCGCACGACCUCCUCUUCAUCUGGGUGGACGCCGAGCAGGCGCUGCUGGAGUGGUACGCUGCGCUGCGCGUGGACGACAUGGUGGCGCGCGGGCUCGUCGCCGAGGCCCGCGCGGCGUUCGCCGGCACCGAGGCCGACUACUCCCGCGGCGUGCGCCGCGCGAUCGGGCUCCCCGAGAUGCACGCGUACCUGGUCGCGGAGCGCGAGGGCGGCGCGGCGGAGCACGAGCUCGCCGCCAUGUUCGACCGCGCGGUGCGCGAGAUCAAGGAGAACACCUUCGGCCUCGCCCGCACGCAGGCCGAGAAGAUCCGUCGCCUGAGCUCUCUGGACGGCUGGGACGUCCGCCGCGUCGACGUGACACCGGUGCUCGCACGCAAGGCCGACGGAGCCGCCUGCCACGAGGAGACAUGGAAGAAGCUCGUCUGGCAGCCUUGCGAGGACAUGGUGAGAGCUUUCCUCGAGCUGGAAGAGGAUCCUACGGCCGCUGCUGCCGCCGCCGUCGUCCCAACUGUUGUUGCUGCCGGCGGCGCCAGCAGCGUCGUCGCCACCGCGGCGGCCGCCGCCGCUGAUCUGGCCAUCACCGCAGAUACCAUAUAG